UGAUUUUGCAUUUACGCGGCUGGUGGAUAACUGUUUUAUUUACUAACAAUUCUCCCUGUCGGCUCAAGCACACUGCUUUGGAUGGCUGUGCACAGCACAGCCAUCCAAAGCAGUGUGAUUACAGAGAAGCACACAGAUGCCGCCCCCUAUUAAAACACCCCAGCACACAGUUAACCCUUUGAACGUCCCUCCUAUUAACCCCUUCCUGCCCAGUGCCAUUAGUACAGUGUCAGUGCUUUUUUUUUUUUUAGCACUGAUCACUGUAUUGGUGUCACUGGGGGUGUCAGUGACACCAAGACAGUUCCUCCCAGUGUCAGAAUGCCCGCUGCAGUCCCGCUAU